CGGAAGUCUCGCGAUAUUACCCCUCCGGGUUUUAGAAACUUUGUGGUCUGAGGGUCCAAGUCCGUUCUGUUCAUAAUAUUUCUAUGGUAGCAAUGUGUGGAAGUGGGUGGUGCCAGAACAUUGUCGAUUUUUGCUAAUUAAACUGUAGUUAAUGUAGCCAGUCAACACGAGUCAUUUUCCGUUGCAAUCAAAGAGCAAAAUAUAUAGGCGACAGUAUGGCCACACUGAGAAGUAAGUCUGACCAAGAAAUCAUGGAAUUGUUGGACGAGUAUGGAAUUAAGCACGGGCCUAUCGUUGACACUACAAGACCCCUGUAUGAGAAGAAGCUAAAAGAGGCCAUGGCCAAAGACAAGAAAGUCACAAAACCAUCCUCAGACAAAACCUUCUACAGAGAAGAGCAGGAAGAAGUCACUUACGUUACCUAUCGCACACCAGUUAUAAGUGAAGGGCCUUCAGGAGAUGGAAAACCUUACAUGAGGUCAAGACCAGAGUAUAGUGAGAGGGACUUUGUGGAUGAAAAACUCUAUUCAAGAUCAAGACCAGAGUACAGCAGCGGAAGACAAUACAUUGAUGAGCCCCAUGUCUACAACACACCAUCAUACUCCUCCUACUCCAAACCAACGCCUGUGGUGAAGUCUGGAGGUGGCGUUGUUAAGGAUGAAAAAACAGAGAGUUCUGAGAGACUGGUCCCUCUCUGGAUCCAGUUCCUGGUCUUCCUGAUCGUAGCCGGAUUCCUCUACUUCAUAUUUAUCAACAUGGAGUCCGUAGAGAGUAACCCCUUUAACAGAAUCCAAUGAUCAAAUUUUACCAAAAUCUGGGAUGUGUUCAUUAGGCAGAAAAUUUCAAAAGAAAACAGUCCAAAAUGGGGAGGUAGUAUUUUUUUAAAAACGUAUACAUUAAUAAAAUUGCAAAUUUUCCGUUGGACGUUUUUAAAACGUUUCACUACGGUGUGAAUGAAUACGACCCAGUGUUCAUAUUUUGACAGAUGUAUUAUGGCAAAUCCCAUGCCUGUCAUUCUUUGUGCUUGUGGUUUAUAUAAAAAGGUGACUGACAUUGGAUUCUGCCAAAGGAAAGCCAGAACAUUUCCUCCCGUCCAGACUCGUAUUUAGUUACUAGAUGAUGUAUAGUAUUCUGUUAUCAUACAGCUAUGUUACCAAAAUGGGGUGCUUCUACUAUGGGUAAUAGUGAUGACACUUUCUCACAGUACUAUCUUCCAAAAAAUGUAAUGUCCACAGCUUAUAGUAAAUACAUAUACCACAUACUAUAUAUAUAUAUAUAUAUAUAUAUAUAUAGUGUAUCAAAUCAGAAAUACACUAUAUACACAAGUAUGUGGUCACCCCAUCAAAUUGUUGGAUUAGGCUAUUUGUUGCUGACUGGUAUAAAAUCGAGCACACAGCCAUGCAAUCUCCAUAGACAAAAAGUAUAAUGGCCAAUUUCAACGUCAGUUCCUCAAAUUUUUGCCCUGCUAGAGCUGCCCCGAUUAACUAUAAGUGCUGUUAUUGUGAAGUGGAAACGUCUAGGAGCAACAACGGCUCAGCCACACAGUGGUUGAGGCCACACAAGCUCACAGAACGGUACCUCCGAGUGCUGAAGUGCCUAGAGCGUAAAAAUCGUCUGUCCUCGGUUGCAACAUUCACUACUGAGUUCCAAAUUAUCUCUGGAAGCAACGUCAGCACAAUAACUGUUAUUUGGGAGCUUCAUGAAAUGGGUUUCCAUGGCCGAGCAGCCGCACACAAGUCUAAAGCCCACUGCCAUUGGACUGAAGCAAGCAGUGGAAAUCAGUUCUCUGGAGUGAUGAAUCACACUUCACCAUCUGGGUUUGGCAGAUGCCAGGAGAUCGCUACCUGCCCCAAUGCAUAGUGCUAACUGUAAAGUUUGUUGGAGGAAUAAUUGUCAGGGGCUGUUUUUCAUGGUUCUAGGCCCCUUCGUUCCGGUGAAGGGAAAUCUUAAAGCUGCAGCAUACAAAUGACAUUCUAGACCAUUCU